GGUUACCACGACGUGGCAAUAACAUUAUUGCUAGUCUGUGGUGAUAAAGCCUCAUUUCCAUUGCUGUGCCGGCUGUCAUAUGGCCCGCGGGCACCGCUCGCUCCCUUUAUGCAGACCACCAUGCAGCCCACGCAGCAUUUGCUCAACUACAUGCUGCCCGUCGUACGGAGAGCUGAUGACAAGCUGGCUGAAUGCUUGGACAAGUCUGGUGUGGGUACGAUGUUCGCGCUGCCGUGGUACCUGACGUGGUUCGGGCACAGCCUGAACCGGUACUCGGACGUGGUGCGCCUCUACGACUACUUCCUGUGCGCGCCCCCGCUCUUCCCCGUGUACGUGACAGCCGCGCUGGUGCUG